AUGAGUAGCGUGAUCAAUUUUCGAGCUAAAGACGAUGCCUCAUCGUUAGGUCCUUAUCGCGAUCAACGAUUCAAGGGUUCAUUACGUGAACAGGAAAAGCUUUUACUUACUUCGAAAACACUUUAUGUUGGCAACUUGUCGUACUAUACAACAGAGGAGCAGACUUAUGAAUUAUUCAGUCGGGCUGGUGAUAUCAAGCGAAUAAUUAUGGGUAUUGAUCGAUUCAAGAAAAUACCAUGUGGAUUCUGUUUUGUUGAAUACUACCUUCGAGAGGACGCUGAAGACGCAAUGCGUUGCAUAAAUGGAACUCGGUUAGAUGAUCGAAUAAUUCGUACUGAUUGGGACGCUGGAUUUGUGGAAGGUCGACAGUACGGGCGUGGUAAACAUGGGGGACAGGUUCGAGAUGAAUAUCGUAAGGAUUAUGAUCCAGGACGAGGAGGAUGGAAUAGAGUUAUUGCAACAAGAAAUGCUGGACCAGAUUAG